CUUCACCCUAUCUGUUCACUAUUCUUGCUUGACCUUUGCAACCCGAAUUUCCACACUGUCUGCUUCCGCGCUGUCACCCGGUUCACUCUUACUUCGCAGCCUUUCCUGCAAUCCUCCCUUGUACCUCCUUUCGGCUCCAUCCGCUUCCGACAAUGCCCCCUAAAAUUGAAGGGGCAGCAGCCAAGGCCCGUCGAUGUGAAGCUGAAGCGUUGAGGCUCGCAGCCGAGGCGAAAAGGCUUGGAGCUGAAGCGGAAAAAGCUCGGGCUGAAGUGCGGAAGGCAGAAGAGGAAGUAAAGGCUAACAUAAAGGCCAAACUAGACUCCGCCAGUUUGCCUGAGAAACCUUCAAGGAGAGAUUGGUCCAAUGAAGUAAAAGCGAUCGCCAAUCACUGGAGCCAACACGGUCUUGCCUCAGGGCUUCGUUUUUCGACUUUGAUUUGUCUCUGCCAGUGUCUUCCAGGGACUGACUGGGACCUUUGGUUGGGCGAGCAUCGAGGGAUUCUUAAGGCGGAAUCGCGCGAGCUGAAUCAAAGGUUCUCGUUCAACUGGGGAGUCUGGAAGUGGUUCCAAAAAGCCGCUAAACCCACGGAGACAAAAGCUUGCGUCCUUGGACUGGCUUACGAAAUCUUCGCAGACGACCUCCCUGGGCUUAUCGAAAGCUUAAACAUGCUUCAUCUUCAGCAGCUCCAGGCUGGGUCGCACGAUUCAGCAGCAACCCCACGUUAUGCCACCCCGACUAACCCCCUGAAGCGGAAACGCCCAGAGAACUCAGGGACCGUGGCUGGCUCGCGCGUUGGUUCGGCACCAACUUUAGUCGAGCCGAAACCCUUCCCUCAUCCAACGGAAAAUUUCGAUCCCGACCGACACUCCGAUGCCGGACGCCAGCGCCAGGACCUUCCAAACGCCGCGCCAUCUCCAUCUGCGGCUCCGCCCUUUGCCGCAUACCAAGCGUUUGCGGCCCACGCGCCCUCGCCGCACACCCUCCGGGCUCAGCCGAAGCAUUCAGGAACCGGCCACAACGCAUCGCACACGUCUGACGUGCCCGGUUACAAUCCUGGCCGACCUUUUCCGCGCCUUGAUUCCCAUCCUGAACCACGCUCAGCCUCGGGUUCAAGCAACGCCAACCUUGGGCAGAACUCUGGUGCAAGCACGCCGAUUCAGCAGUCUUCGUAUGCACCACCGCCCCGUUCCUACCUCACCCAGCCUACGGCCCACGAUGUCCCGCUCGUGCCUGUAGGAACGGAUAACGCACCGCAUACGUCGUGCGACCCCGGUUUCCCCUCCAGCUUGGCCGACAGUGCCCACGCAGUCUCGCCGGGGCACAACUUUGAUGCAGGCACUGCGCAGCUUCACCAAGCCCCACCAUCGUCCAUGCGCGUCGCGAGCCUUCUAACCGAAAACGGGCCCCUUGGCGAGGCUCUGCCGCAGGAGGAAACUUCACCUCAGGCAAGAUUUUACGAGAUCGAACCAAAACUGCUAGACCACCCCACACUUAUAUCCAUUUUAACGCGCCCCUUCCGCCUCGUCACCCCUAAAGCCGAUAAAUCCUUCCUAAGUUCAGCCGUUCAUAUUUCCGAGCAGUAUCGCGAUUAUCUCCUUCACUACCCAACUACUCACGAAGUGCAGUUGCUAGGCCCGCGGCAGUUUCAAAUAUAACCACCAUAUACAGGUGGUCGGUUUUGGGUGUUGGAGGAUUUUUGUAUUAUAAUAGCAAUGAAUAUUUCUGCGUAGCUUCGGGGUGGCCGUGUGGGACUCGAGAGAAAGAAUGUGGGUAUGCCUGGGCUUCAAAGGGGACGCAUCGAUAUCGCCACAGGCCCCAGUGUACUUCCAUCAGCCAGUGAGCGAACCGGAUGGCAAAGGACGUCGUGUCCGGGACACCAGGGUAUCGCCGCUCAAACCGCGUAUCUUUGGGUCCUUCGUGGGUUUGCCGCCAUUUGGGUGAGAGCGAAGGCUGGGGGUUAUAUCAAUUGGACCUUUGGCACUCGGUUUACUGGGCCCACUGGAAGCUGGGGUGCAUGCUUAAAAAUGUAAACAAACCCGGGAGCCGGUUAAACCUUCGUAGGAUUUUAAAUUAUAGCGACGGUUGCGAGCAGCGCGAGCAGGUCCUGCUGGGAAACUAUUUAAUAACUAAAAAAAAUCGUAACGGGUAAACAUCCUACUCCC